AUGAGCAAUACACUAGAGAAAGGUCGAGUCCGAACAGAUGAAGAUUACUCAACCUCAGAUGCGGAUGAAAACGUCUUAGGCGGUUGGAGACCCACAGAAGAACAAAGCAGAAUCCAAAAGGUGAUGAAGAGAAAAUUCGAUUUCACUCUUCUACCCAUUUUGACAAUCAUUUAUCUAUUCAACGCAUUAGAUAAAGGUAAUUUGGGAAAUGCAAAAACCGGAACUCUGGAUCAAGAUUUACAUCUGAAGGGAAAUCAAUAUUAUCUGAUCACUAUGAUCUUUUAUGUUCCUUUUUGUUUAUGCGGUAUUCCACUCACAAUGGUCAUCAAGCGAUAUUCUGCUGCCCGUGUCAUUCCAAUUUUGAUGUUCAGUUUUGGUUCCCUAUCUCUGAUUCAGGCUGGAGUGGUAAAUUUUGGCGGACUAUUUGCACUUCGAAUGCUCUUGGGUAUAGCAGAAUCACCCAUGCUUCCGGGAGUUGUAUUCUAUUUGUCUACAUUCUAUACCCGUGGAGAAUUGGCAGGAAGGGUGGGCAUAUUUUAUGCUGCUGCGGCAAUCUCAGGUGCAUUCUCUGGUUUGAUAGCAUAUGGGGUAUUUCAAAUUAGCAAUCCUCCCAUUUCAGGUUGGAGAAUAUUGUUCCUAAUUGAAGGUGCUGCAACGUGCGUUUUUGCAACUUUCGCUUUCUUCGUCUUGCCUCGUAACUCACAGUCAGCUUGGAUGUUGAACGCAAAAGAGAAAGAAGUGGCAAAGGAACGUAUCGAAAAGGAUGCUUCGGUUUCCGUCUCGGAGAAGUUGGAUAUAAGGGAUGCAUUAAGACCAUUCCGUGAUUGGCGAUAUGCAGUUUGGGCUGCAAUCUCUUUUACAUUGGGUGUACCUUUGGUCAGCGUCAAUACUUUCUUACCUCAAAUUGUAGCCCGUCUAGGAUAUGACACCGUCAAGACGAAUCUGUACACCGUUGCGCCUAAUGUUUGUGGUGCAGUCUUCUUGCUCAUCCUUACACAACUUUCGGAUCGUUUCCGUGAAAGAGGUUUGCACAGCUGUUUCGCUCUGAUCGUUGGAUUAGCAGGCUGGAUCAGUCUAGCCGUUAUCCCACCUUCAAACGUUCAUGCAACAUACGGUGCUGUAUUCUUGGCAGCAAUGGGAGCUUCUGCACCUUCCGUUCUAACGGCGACGUGGUAUACAAACAACACCUCUUCUGAAUCACGGAGAGCACUGUUGGCAGCCGUUAUGAUUGCGUUGGCAAAUGCAGCAGGUUUAGUGAGCACGAAUAUCUUUCGAGCGAAAUGGGAACCGGAUUAUACUCCCUCUUUGGCAAUUUCUGGAGCUUUUUGUGGAUUAUGUGUGAUAAUCACUUUUACAUGGACGAUGUAUUUGCGAUAUGAUAAUGCUCGUCGAAAUCGUAUUCAAGGUGUCAAUUUACGUGCUCAAGAUGUUGCAACGAGCGAAUUGGCAAAAGGUUGGAAAAGUCCACAUUUCCGUUGGACUACAUGA